AUUAAAUUAUAUUUUGUGUUUGAAGGCAAAUUCAAAACUUAAUUUUAAUUCGACAAAAUAAGAAAUACUUAAAAAAAAAACAUUAAUUAUGUGUUACUUUUUCAAUUAAAAAAAAUUAAGUUAAAGCCGUAAAUAAGACGCGAGUUUUUUUUCGUAAAUAGUUAUCGGAUUUCUAUAUAAAAAAUAACAGGUACAGGCUUAACACCCGGCUACAGCCUGUCAGUUGUUAGCAUGGAGUUGUUAAUUCUUCGUAGUAAAAGACCACAUACAAAUAGUACUUCAGUUUAUUCUUGUCUCAUAUUGUCUUGUCGUUUGAAUUCUAGUUAAAAAUGGGUGGUCAUCAAAAAACAACAACACCGCGCGUUGAUCGUCGUCGCCGUAACACACACCAACAAAAUUUGGCUAGCUCCGUUUUCCGUGAAGCGAUACCUUCUCCUUGUGUAGCGCAAAAGUCUUCAUUGAAUAUGGAAAGAACUUCUCAACCAACGUUCAAGUCAACAAUAACCACACCAAUCACUUAUGUGAACGAAGAAUCAUCAAAAUGUCAUUCAUUUAAUUAUGAACAAGAAGAUUCUUGUUUUGUGAAUGUUCAUCAGUGUAAUUCAAUAGAAAAGGAAACUUUCGAUCGAGAUGAUACAAACUUGAUGGAUAAUCAAGCUAUAGUAAAAAAACGUCCACAUUUGGAAAAAAGUAUCACAAAUGAAGAAUCAGUGGGUGCUUCCGAUACUCCAAGUAAAAAAAAACGAACGUUUUCUUUAUUUUGGCGCCCCGAAUCAUCUUCAUUUUCACCAAAUGAAUUCACGUCUUUUUGUUCAAGCGAUUCAAUUUUUUCCUCUUUAGAUUUUCUCAAAAAACAAUGGGUUCAUUCUUUUUUGCCCAAAUUACGUGCACCUCGACUUUCGCUUCCUUUAAAGAAACUCUUGUUAAAAAAAAAAAAUUCUUUACCAUUUUUACCCAACAAGAGUGCCAUAAGGAAAAAUAUAUUAUUUUCACCUCAAACUUCCAACUUGUCAACAAGAGCGUCUUUUGACAUGUUAAAUCCAGGUCUUUCCACGACUCCAUAUUUCACACGCUUAAAUGACCUUGCUUCAGAGGAUUUUAAUGGAAAUAUUAUUUAUUGUACUGAUGAUUUUUUCUCUCCUGUAAAAAAUAUUUUAAAAAGUACUCUUCCUCAAAAAAGAGAGCCUUUUGAAAAUGUGGAUGGUUGGGAAACACGUCGAAAAAAAACAACUGGGCACAAUUGGUGUUUAAUUCAAUUAGGAACUCCAGGUCGAAUAUAUGGAAUUGAAAUCAAUACACGUUAUCUGGGAGAUGACUGUGCACCUUACAUUUCAGUGGAAGCGGCGAAUUGCUCAAAAUUAGAAAAUGAUAUUCGAGAACAUCUUCAAAAAAAGGGUUUAGCAUCGUAUGAUCCCCAAAUUGUCAAUGAAUUAGAAAAUCUUCAAUUAGAAUCAGAGAUGAACAAUCUAUUAAAGGAAAAAAAAUUAGAGAAUUCAACACAGUGGAAUGAUAUCGUUUCCAUGAUGCCUCUUUCUAGUUCUGAACAUAGUGAAGCAUCCAAAUUUUUUAUAGAAACAAAUCAAAAAAAUUUGUUUCCUGUUGUGACCCAUUUAAGAUUAAAUUUGUUUCCUGAUGGCGGGAUUGCUCGAAUAAGAGUGUACGGAGUUGCAUGCAACGAAUUCAAUUUGGGGAAAACGAUCAAUGUCGCAUGUGUACUAAAUGGAGCGGUUGUCAUAGGUUGUAGUAACGAAAGUCGAGGAAUUAGUAAAAAAUUACUUUAUCCGUCCGUUCCGAAAUGUAUGGCGGAUGGAUGGCUAACAGCAAGAAAUCCAGGACGCUAUCCGUAUAUUGAGCAAGAUUCAAUGUCAGGAGAUCCUUUGAAUUUGGUCGGUGAACAUUGGGUCAUUAUAAAACUUGGAAUGAAAAUCCAAAGUAUAGCGUAUAUUGAAAUUGAUACAUCAUAUUUUAUUGGAAAUGCGCCUAACAAGAUAGAAAUAGAGACAGCAAAUAUAUCUUCUCAUGUUGAUUUACACGAUAUACAAGCGCAACAACAACUUUUAGUAACAGAUAGAACGAAUGGAGGUCUUUGGGAAAAACUUCUUUUACCAACAACUGUGAAACCUAAUCGAAAUCAUUACCUGUACUUACAAGAAACAUUCCACACACCUUCUUUUCACAAUGCCUCAACUUCGAAUGAUUCAUGCGGAAUAAUCGCUUUAAAACCAUCGUUUCCUUAUGAGAAAAAGCCAGUUACACAUAUUAAACUCACUAUUUUUCCAGAUGGGGGAGUACAACGCAUACGCGUUUGGUCCAAGACCUGUGAGCUAUAACAGGAGCUACAGUUCUUAAUAGUUUUUUCCGGUUCUGUGAUAAAAAAAAAACAAGCCUUCUUUUGAUCGUUAUGUGAAUAGCAAGCAAAUCGCAUUG